AUGAAUUCGUAUACAUUCAAGUUUCUCCUUGUGGGUGAUCAAGCUGUUGGCAAGACAUCAUUAGUUCAUAGAUUAUGCAGAAACACAUACAGCGAUAAUUCUGAAGAAACAGUUGGCGUUGAAUUUAUGCCGUAUAAUUUAAAUAUUGAUAAAACGCAAAUCAAACUUCAAAUAUGGGAUACAGCAGGACAAGAGCAGUACAGAUCAUUAGCCAAAGCAUAUUUUAGAAAUGCUGUUGGCGUAGUUUUGUUUUUCGCAAUUAAUGACCACCUUUCUUUUCAACAUUUGGAAACAUGGCUCAAUGACAUUCGUUCAUUAUGCCAUAAAAAUUGCAGGAUUCUUUUAGUUGGCUCAAAAAUUGAUUUAAUAGAAGAAAGAAAAAUAACAAAAGAUGAAAUACAAAAAUUUGUCGAAAACUUCGAUUUAGAGUACAUUGAAACAUCUGCCAAGGAAAAUACAAAUAUCAAAGAAACUUUUUAUAAAUUAGCUCAAGAAGUUUUGCAUUCCGUACAAAAAGGAGAUAUUGUAUUGGGCAACCCAUCGAAUUCUGUUCAACCAACAGCAGAAACUGAACCUAAGAAGUCUUGCUGCUAA